CAAAUAAUUUGAGGAUUAAAUUGUACAGCGGAAAUAUCACAGUGGUGACAAGAAUUCAAAGAUGAAGUUAACAGUGUCCCUAGCUGCCAUAUUGUUGCUGGUAGUUGUUGAUGCCACUCCAGACGAGUGUGUCAAAGCGGGUGAGGAUGGAUCAGACUACAGGGGAACUGUAUCUGUCACAGCAUCAGGACUCAUCUGCCAGAGAUGGGACUCUCAAUCACCUAAUGAACACGGCAGAGCUCCUGAGGACUACCCUGAUUCAGGACUGGAAGAGAACUAUUGCAGAAAUCCAGACGGUGAAUCAAAACCCUGGUGUUUGAAUAGUGAGGGAACUAAUCCUCGAGGGGGGUUAUGUGAAAUACCUACAUGCCCUGUUGCAGUUGACGGUGGAUGGAGUGAAUUUGGAGAAUGGUCGGCCUGUUCUGCUGAAUGUGGAGGAGGUACUCAUAUGAGGAGUAAGACCUGUACAAACCCAAGUCCUGAGAACGGAGGAAAGGAAUGCGAAGGGGACAGCGAGGAGACGGAUAUUUGCAACUCCCAACCCUGCUCAGAUCACGAAUACUCAGGUGCUGGAUAUAGCAAGAUCAGUAUCCUCUUUGUUACUUUGCUGUGUGCAAUGAACAUUAUUUAUUAGGCGUCACCCGGUCACUUAGCACUGAAAAUGUUUGAACACCAUAAAACGAAUAGGGAUGAAAUUGAAUAUGGACUAGAACGCAAAAAUAUCAAUAAUCCAUAUCCUAAGCUGUGGCUUAAUAAUAAUAUUUGGUAACAUAUUUGGUAGAAUUAAAUAAGUGUGAAAGUUGUCGCAUUUUGUGCGUACAAAUACAUACCUAUAAUUAAAUUUAAAUACAGUAUAUUACAGGGUGGCCCUGAAGAAACUACCCACACGCAACCCUUUAAUAACUCACGUAAUUUGUAUUGCUAAAAUAUUUCAGAGAAUAUAGAGAUAUGGGUCAAACUUAGAUUUCCUGAAAAUUUCGUAAAAUUUCAUCACAACUCGGCUUAUAACUAAGCCGAGUUAUGACCAUUUUAAGUGCCGAUAACCAACUUGAAAUUUUGGGAAAGCGCUUCAAUUACCAAACCAAAAGUGUGUAGAAACUUUGGAGUCCCUGGCUCAAAGUGUCAUCAAGUUAUAGUGAUGAAAAAGGGAGUGGCGUGCCAGGAAAUCUAAGUUUGACCCAUAUCUAUAAUCUAUAUUCUCUAAAAUGUUUUACUUUUAGCAAUUCUGAUACGAAUUACGUGAGUUAUUAAAGUUUUGGGUGUGUGUAGUUCCUUCUGAGCAUAGUAGUGUUUUUACAGCUCAGCUAGUUUUACAUUUGAAUAAAAAGGACAUAAAAACACCAGAAGCUACCGGUAUUUCACCUCGACGCUUUGUUUUGAGCAUGAUUGCUAGUUAACUGCCCCUGCAGGUAAUUAGCUAACUGAUCUAUUAAAAUCAGGUAACUAGGAAAAUUAAGGCUUGCAUGUGGGUUAAUAUUAUUUAGUUAUUUACAGUUAGUUAGACUUCGUGAACUUUUGGUUUUAUCUUUUUAUGAAUAUGAAGUGGACUCCUUUUGUAUCAUAGUUGAGGCUGUUACGGGCAAAAAUCACACUUUUCUGCUCGAGCCCUGGGACUUCUUUUAGGGUUCUUACUUCUUAUAUGAUAGAACGGAGUGUCCUGAACACUCUGAUGGUAUCGGGAACCUUCUAGAGCCUUCAGAAGCUGUGUUGUGAGCACUUUACUGCCAAAACUUCGACCAUCGACAUUCGACAGACAGCAUAGAAUAUAAUCCACCUAAAAUCCGUUCUGAAUUGCCGACAAUUCUUCGACAUUGCAUGAGGGAUACCGUAGCAUUUUUGGCGGUGUUGAUGAUAUGAAGGUUACUUACUUGGUUUCUUAGUGAAGUUAAAUUUAGAAAGAAAGUGUAAGAUAUGCUUUAAAAAGAUUAAAAAAGACUUUUAAAGUUUGGGUUCCAAUAAAGUAAUAGUAUUGUUAGUUGUGAUGAUUAGAAAUUUGAUAAUUGAGCAACUUUAUCGGCUCCUCAAA